CAGAUCGACAAUGCAGGCAUCCCUCACAGGUAUGCAGGGAGCAUACGGAGUACAACCCCACACAGCUGUAUCCAGGUGAGUUCGGAAUUCUCCCUCCGCCUGGAGUAUUUCUACAGCAACUCUCCCCUCAGGACCCCUCCAGAGACAGCCAACAGCUUCUUGAAACACUACACACUACACGCUGCAGAGCAUUCACCACUCAACCACCAUGGGCUCCACCACACAACGAACGGCCGUCCCAAACCGGCUCUUCCACAUCGAUUCACCCGACCUGGAAGACUUCAAGCAAAUCUGCUGUCAGACCACCAGCCCGGCCACCUACCAGCUUGCCUCCACCGUCGAGAGGAACAUCCCCAUCUACGAAGCCACCGCCCUCAACCAUCUCGACCCCUCGCUCACACCUCGCCUCCAAUCAGAAUGGCAUCACAUCCUUGAAUCCGGCCCCGGCAUCUUCGUCCUAAAGGGCAUGUACCACCCAGCCACCUACGCCGACACCCUAGCAGCCACCAACGCAGCCUUCCAACAGAUCAUCGACCAGGAACGCCAAUCCCCACUCGGCCCCAAGGGCGACCACUUCGCCGCGAGCGGCAAAAACGACCGUAUCUGGAACUCCUUCGGCAAACACGCCCUAGUCGACCCGUCCUCCUUCAUCACCUACUACUCCAACCCGUGGCUCCGCCUCGUGAGCGAAUCCUGGCUCGGCCCCGCCUAUCGCGUCACCGCCCAGGUCAACAUCGUCCGCCCCGGCGGCGCCGCGCAAGAAAGCCACCGCGACUACCAUCUCGGCUUCCAGGAACUCGACCGCUGCGCCGCCUUCCCCCGCAGUAUCCAGCUCGCCAGCCAGUAUCUCACCCUGCAGGGCGCCGUCGCCCACAGUGACAUGCCACUGGAGAGCGGACCGACCCGCUUCCUUCCCUUCAGCCAGACCUACCAGCCCGGGUACCUGGCCUGGCGGAGGAGCGAGUUCCGCGCGUUCUUCCAGGAGAAUUAUGUGGCGUUGCCGCUGGAGUUGGGUGACGGGGUGUUUUUCAAUCCCGCCGUGUUCCAUGCGGCCGGGGCGAAUGUCAUGAGUGAUGAGGGUGGGUUGCAGAGGAAGGCCAAUCUGUUGCAGAUCGGGUGCGCGUUGGGAAAGACCAUGGAGGUGGUUGAUACCGUGCCGGUGGUGGAGAGGUGCUGGGGGGAGGUCUGUGAGCGGUAUCGGAAGGAUGGUGGGUUGAGCAGGGAGCUGGAUGACUUUGUCUGUGCCGUUGCGGACGGGUAUCCGUUCCCCACGGACUUGGAUAGAAGACCGCCCGCACCGAGCGGGAUGGCGCCGGAGAGUGAGCAGCAACUGAUCGUGAGGGGGUUGCGGGAGGGGUGGGGGACGGAGAAGAUCGUGGAGGAGCUGAGGGGUGUGUAGUUCUCGAAGGGGCCAAGACAAGAGAACACAAAGGUGACAUUCCAAGUCCCUUCACACGUAUCUUAGCAGGGUGAUCUGUAACAGCCAUCGCUGCCG